UCUUCUCGCACUGACGCCCACCGCAGCCGUGGGCGGGCUCGAACCCGCGUCCCACAGCGCAGGCAGUCCUGCCAGGCUGCACGGAGCGGGCGGCCGCUGCGCUCCAUCCGCCGCCCUCGAGGGGCCGCGGCCCCGGCUGCAGGAGCUACAAGAACUUUUGAAACCACACCUGAUGAUGUGCAGGCUUAAAUGCUGCAGUCCCAGAAUCUUCUUUCUAUUGAUGUUGUGUAGGUCAAUGCAAAUUCUUGAAGCUGAGGGAAAAGGUGAAAUUCUGCCUCCUACUAUACAAAAAAUAAUAAGAGGCUACAACAAGUAUCUACGUCCUUUUUUUGAUGAUGGUCCUGUGUCAAUCGGAAUGAGCCUGGAUAUUGCAAGCAUAGAUACAAUAUCAGAAAUAAAUAUGGAUUACACAGCUACCAUAUUUCUAAGGCAACGAUGGACUGAUGAGAGACUUUGUUUCGAUGGUAAUAAGAGUUUAAGCUUAGAUGGUCGGCUUGUGGAAAUGCUUUGGGUACCAGAUACCUUCAUAGUAGAUUCAAAAAAGUCUUUUCUUCAUGAUAUCACUGUUGAGAAUCGUCUUAUAAGAAUAUACCCCAAUGGAACUGUCUUGUAUGCACUACGCAUCACCACAACUGUUGCUUGCAGCAUGGACCUGACCAAAUAUCCGAUGGACAAGCAGACAUGUACUUUGCAACUGGAAAGCUGGGGCUAUAACAUCAACGAUGUCAUGUUUUACUGGACUAGAGGAAAUGAUUCAGUUCGAGGCUUGGAUACACUCCGACUGGCACAGUAUACAGUAGAAGACCACUUUACCUCAGUAUCCGAAGCAGUAUAUGAGACAGGACGUUACCCCAGACUAGUGUUUCACUUUGAACUUAAGAGAAACAUCUUGUAUUUCAUACUAGAGACAUAUGUACCAUCCAUCCUACUGGUUGUACUUUCCUGGGUGUCAUUUUGGAUAAGCCAGUCAUCGGUUCCAGCCAGAAUCUGCAUAGGUGUUACUACAGUCCUCACUAUGACGACGUUGAUGAUGGGAGCCAGAACUUCACUGCCAAGUGCUAACUGUUUUAUUAAGGCAAUUGAUGUGUACCUUGGUAUCUGCUUCAGUUUCAUCUUUGGAGCAUUGUUAGAGUAUGCUGUGGCUCAUUUCUGCACUCUGCAUCGACUCAGUCCAAAGGAACUUCCAAAGGAUGAGGAUGGAGAGGCUGAAGAAGAGGGGAAUGGAGUCCUGGCAGCAGUUGCUAACAGUUGCAGUGCCCCUGACAAUAUGAAUAAGACUGAUUUAAACAAGACCAGCAAAACCAACACUGAGAGAAAAAGGGAGAGAAGUAAACAGAAUGGGUGUAGUUCUCCAAUGUGGGUAAUGAAAAGACUUUUCUGUAUCUUUGAUUGCUUCCGUGUUAAAAAUCCUUAUCACAUAGACAACUAUGCCAGAUUUUCUUUCCCUUUAUCAUUCAUCAUAAUUAAUGUAUUUUAUUGGGUGUAUUACUUGUAUUUCUAAAUAUUUUAAUGUGUACAAUUGUUGUAAAGUUUAGAAAGUAGUUGUGGGAGUGGAAGUUGCAGAAGAAUGAAGUAGAUGUGUUUGGAUAAAGGGAUAUGAAAGGACAUGCCACCUUCUCAAGCAUUUGUACCAAGUUUCUUGUUAGCUCACUUUUCCACUCUUAAGUGACUGUCAUCCAAAACUGACUUUCCUAUAGCAUGCAUGCCCCAUAUUAAACAAUUUAUCAAAGGCAAAUAAGUCCUUUCAAAAUAUUUGAAUGGCCAACUUUGUAAAGUAAGAGUUACAUUACACUUCUUUCUGAACUGCAUUGAAUACAUUGAAAAAUAAAAGAAAAUGAAGUGUCGCUUUCCUGCUAUG